AUGGAAAAUAUGCUAUUUUGGCUGAUAUUUUUCACCUUUGGGUGUCUUCUCAUCCAUGGAUCUGAAACAGAACAGGAUUUUAUGUGGCCCUCGAGUAAAAUACCCCGGGUUGUCAGUGAGAGGACUUUCCAUCUCACCAGCCCCACAUUUGAGGCCGAAGCUAAGAUGGUGUUAAACCCAAUGUGUGGCAUCGAAUGCCACAAAGAACUGCCAGCCCCCAGCCUCUCUGAACUGGAAGACUCUCUUUCAUAUGAGACUGUCUUUGAGAAUGGCACCCGAACCUUGACCACAGUGAAGGUGCAAGGUUUGGUCCCUGUGCCAACUCAGAAUGUCACCACAAGAAGAACAUCUGUCCGGAGAAAGAGGCAGGUGUAUGGCACAGACAGCAGGUUCAGUAUCUUGGACAAGAGAUUUUUAACCAACUUCCCUUUCAAUACAGCUGUGAAGCUCUCCACGGGCUGCAGCGGUGUCCUGGUCUCCCCCAGUCACGUUCUAACAGCUGCCCACUGUGUUCACGAUGGAAAGGACUAUAUCAAAGGGAGCAAAAAGCUAAGGGUAGGUUUGUUGAAGAUGAGAAAUAAGGCUGGUGGCAAAAGACGCAGGGGUUCUAAGAGGAGCAGGAGACAAGUCACUGGUGGUGACCAAAGAAAAGAAACUCCGAGGGCACGCACCAAGGCGGGAAGAAGAAAGGAAUCUGGUCGGGCUCAGAGAGUCGCGGAUGGGCGGCCCUCCUUCCAGUGGACCCGGGUUAAGAACACACACAUCCCCAAAGGCUGGGCGAGAGGAGGGCGGGGCGGCGCCGCCUUGGAUUAUGACUAUGCUCUUCUGGAGCUGAAGCGAGCUCACAAGAAGAAACACAUGGAACUAGGCAUCAGCCCGACCAUCAAGAAACUGCCCGGCGGAAUGAUCCACUUCUCAGGAUUUGAUCGUGACAGAGCCGAUCAGUUAGUCUACCGGUUUUGCAGCGUGUCGGAUGAAUCCAGUGAUCUCCUCUAUCAAUACUGCGAUGCGGAGUCGGGCUCCACGGGCUCCGGGGUCUAUCUGCGUCUGAAAGAGCCAGACAGAAAGAACUGGAAGCGCAAAAUCAUUGCGGUCUACUCAGGCCACCAGUGGGUAGAUGUCCACGGUGUUCAGAAAGACUACAACGUGGCAGUUCGCAUCACCCCCCUCAAGUAUGCCCAGAUUUGCCUCUGGAUUCAUGGGGAUGAUGCCAAUUGUACACAGGGCUGA